UAAACUAUUCUGAUUACAAUGACCUCUAAAGUUCCGUUUGUCAAGAACAAUAAUGGCACCCAAAUACAAUCUAUAGGACUGGGAACCUUCAAGUCUUUAGGCGGCGAUUGCGAGCGAGCUACCUUACAUGCCAUCGAUGCUGGCUACCGGCACUUGGAUUGUGCUUACUUCUAUGGAAACGAAGCUGAAGUUGGAGCAGCUGUGAAUAAAAAAAUUGCCGAAGGUGUCAUCAAACGGGAAGAGAUUUUUAUUACAACUAAGCUGUGGUGUCACUUCCAUGAACCCGAAAGAGUGGAACAUGCUUGCCGCAAAAGUUUGGAGAACUUUGGUCUGGAUUACAUUGAUCUGUAUUUGAUACAUUUUCCUUAUUCAUAUGUAUAUCGUGGAGAUAACGAAACAAUACCCUUAAAUGAAAAGGGGGAAGUGGAAUUAACCGAAGUGGACUAUCUAGACACUUGGCGGGAAAUGGAGAAACUAGUCGAAUUGGGUCUGACUAAGAGUAUUGGUGUAUCCAAUUUCAAUUCAGAACAACUUGCACGUUUAUUGGCCAAUUGUAAGAUUAAGCCCAUACAUAAUCAGAUUGAAUGCCAUCCUGCGCUAAAUCAACGAAAGUUAAUUGCAUUUUGCAGGCAGAAUGAUAUUGUGGUUUGCGCCUUUUGCCCCUUAGGUCGACCAGAUCCAAGCAAAAAGAAACCAGAUUUUCUAUUUGACGAUAAAGUUCAGGCUAUUGGGGAUAAAUAUGGCAAGACACGGGCACAAAUUGUUUUGCGUUAUUUAGUUGAAAUUGGAACUGUACCAUUGCCUAAGUCCUCUACCCCCCAGCGGAUUGAGGAGAACUUUAACAUAUUUGAUUUUCAACUGGAUGACGAAGAUCAUAAAGUUUUGGAAUCGUUUAAUAGUCCAGAUGGUCGUGUGGUUCGCGCCCUGCAAGCAGUAAAUAACAUUAAUUAUCCUUUUAAUAUUGAGUUUUAACAAUGAUUAAAGUUCAUUACCUAAU